AGGGUGAUAAAACCCUCAGAGCCUCUCAGGAGGAUGAGGAGGAUUACAGCAGAUUAACCACAGAAGAAGAAGAGACCAGAGACUAGAACAGGACUACGGACCAACCAGGACCAAACAGGACAAAACUGGACUCUAACUUGUCAGAGCAGGAUCUAACUGGACUGAGCUGAGUGAGUGUUUUAGUAGACUGAACUGGUCUGUGCUGGUCCGUGCUGGUCCGUGCUGGUCUGUGGGGAACAGGAAGUGGUCUGAUGGAUGGGUUCCAGGCGUACGGGGCGGGGAAGGCAGGUGGAGCUUUUGACCCACUGACCUUCCUCAGACAGCCUCAGACCGCCAUUAGGAUCCUUUGCUGGCUCUUCUCCAUCGUCAUCCUCGGCUGCGUCGCUAAUGAGGGCUACAUCAACCGUCCUGAGGAGGUCGAGGAGUUCUGCAUCUUCAACCGCAACCAUAACGCCUGCAACUAUGCCGUCUCCAUGGCGACGCUGUGCUUCCUCUGCAGCACGGCCUUCUUGGCACUGGACGUGUACUUCCCUCGGAUCAGCAGCGUGAAGGACAGGAAGAAGGCCGUCGUUGCCGACAUUGGGGUGUCAGUGCUCUGGGCUCUGGUGUGGUUUGUGGGCUUCUGCUUUCUGGCCAAUCAGUGGCAGGUUUCUAAACAGGAAGACAACCCUCUUGAUGAAGGUGCCGACGCUGCCAGAGCUGCCAUCGUCUUCUCCUUCUUCUCUGUCUUCACCUGGGUGUCCCAGUGUCUACUGGCCGUCUACAGGUUCAAACUGGGAGCUGAUUCGGCAACGUUCAAUCAGGAGUAUGUCGACCCAAACCAACAGGAAGCUCUGGACGAGGCCCCGCCCACUGAGGAGUAGAGGGGCAGGGCUUACAGACUGACGACACGGCGUCAUCGUGGUGUGUUCUUGUGCUCGUCCUCGACUCAGAAUUCAGCAAAAUGGAGGACGCAAAACAUGAUGCUCCACCAGGGGGUGUGGUCUCUCCGUCAGCAGCCAAUCACAGUCCAGAAAUACAUAAAACAUUAUGUUAGCUAACAUUAACUUUCCAGCUAUAUCAGACUAAUGUAGCUAGUUAGCAUAUGUUACUAGCUACUGAGCUACUAUCUCUAUGGCUAACAUUAGCCACCAUUAAAGACUGGCUCAGUCUUGCUUCCAGUUUAACCCAGUGGCCACAGGCGGUACCACAGCAAAAUAAUCCCCCAAAACUCAUUUCCUGUUAGCUAAUGCUAACAGCUGUCGUUUUAUAUGUAAACUAGACUCUGAUUGGCUACCUCAGAUGCAGGAAACAACCUUUACAGUCUGACAGAGAACAACAAAACAAUGUUUACUAUAAUCCACAGUGUGAUAAUAUAAUCCACAGUGUGAGUUAUUGGUGCUGCAGAUAUUGUUUUUCAUGAUGUAGUUUGUGGUUCUGUGUGUUUCUGUGUUGUGAUAAUAAAGUCAUCAUACAGAUCAA